UGACAUUUGAGCUUUUUGGUUUUGCUUUUGUGGAGGUUCGUCUUACGCAGAUUGUUCUUCAAUCAUGUCUGGCCGCGGAAAGCAGGGAGGUAAAGCUCGUGCCAAGGCUAAGACUCGCUCCUCUCGAGCAGGUCUUCAGUUCCCCGUUGGCCGUGUGCAUCGUCUUCUUCGCAAAGGGAAUUAUUCUGAGCGGGUCGGAGCCGGAGCACCGGUUUAUCUGGCUGCCGUGCUGGAGUAUCUCACCGCUGAAAUCUUGGAGCUAGCUGGGAAUGCUGCCCGCGACAAUAAGAAAACGCGUAUCAUCCCGCGGCAUCUUCAGCUGGCCAUCCGCAACGAUGAGGAGCUCAACAAACUGCUGGGAAAAGUCACUAUCGCCCAGGGCGGAGUGCUCCCGAAUAUCCAGGCCGUGCUGCUGCCAAAGAAGACCGAGAGCCACCACAAAGCUAAGGGCAAGUAAAGCUGCCAGAUCCUACUGCAGAGAUCUGUAGAAAUCGUCAUUUUGAACCCAAAGGCUCUUUUCAGAGCCCCUCAUAUAAACAAAAGGGAGCUUGUGUACGCUUUAUUUGCCUUGGGCAAAAUUAAAUAGUUGCUUUUUUAACGCAGGAGAAGCCUUAGAAAAAAGGGAGUUAGAAGGGAUAUUGUCGAGUUUGCAUCAUGCGUGGUCGACUAUCCAUAACCCUAAUGGGGGCACUUUUUUUUUGCGGGGCAAUGAGAGAUAAGUGACUUGCUCAGGGUCACACAGGUAGUGUCAAACUGCGCCACCUAGCUGUCCCCUAAUGGGGGCACAUUAGCAAAGCAUGGGAGUGACCUAUUUACUCAUAAGUCAGUUGCAUUUGAUUGAGAUUCAAUGCCGGGGCAGCUAGGUGGCGCAGUGGAUAGAGCACUUGCCUGGCCCUGGAUUCAGGACGACCUGAGUUCAAAUACAGCUUCAGACACUUAACACUUACU